AUGAGUGGAUACCGAAAAAAACUUAGUGGUGCAGAAUAUCGUAAAAGAAAAACAGAAGAAUCUACAAAAAUAGACAGUUUACUAAAAAAAAUUCCAAAAAUAUCUAAUUUUAUUACAAGCUCAACUAAUUCUUCUAAUAAUGACGAACAACCGUCAUGUUCAUCUGUCCCAGAAUUGGAAGAAACUUCAGCACAAGAUAAUGAAGAAGUACUGUCUAACACUUUUCCAUCACAAGAUACGAACAGGACGCCAUCAAAUUUCUCUUCAUCACAACAUACAGAAGAACUCCAGUCAAUAACUGAUAUUAUACGAUUUAAUAGUGAUCCUUUUUUAUGGAAUUUGAAUGAAGAAACACGGGAUUUUAUAACUAUGAACGGUAUACCUCGAAAUAAUAAUACGGAUUUUAAAAAUUCUAAAAAUGUAUAUAAUGAUAAAACAAGGUAUUGUUCCAAAAGUUUAUUUCAACGUACAUUGAAAAAUGGAGAGAUUCAACGCCGUGAAUGGUUAAUUUAUUCAGAAACUAAGGGUUCUGUAUUUUGUGUUCCAUGCUUAUUAUUCGGUAGAAGUGUUGAAACGAAUGCUUUUACUGGUGAAGGAUUUCGUGAUUGGAAAAACUCAAAAGCACGCCUCGAAGGUCAUGAAAAUUCUGAUUUUCACAAGACUAACGUUAGUUAUUUCAAAGCUCGAGCAGUAAUUCACGGGCGUGUUGAUCAACGUCUAAUAAAACAGCUGGAUGAGGAAAUUACAUACUGGAAAAAAAUCUUAUACCGAGUCAUUGCAAUUAUUAAAUCACUAGCAAUAAGAGGAUUGCCAUUUCGAGGAAAUUCAGAACGAAUUGGAGAUCUCCAUAAUGGAAAUUUCUUAGGAACAGUAGAGCUUCUUGUUGAAUUUGAUCCACUUUUGUCUGAACAUCUAAAAUUGUACGCGCACCCUGGUAGCGGAAAUACAUCGUACUUAUCGAAAACAAUCUAUGAAGAAAUCAUAUUAUUGAUGCAGAAUAAAGUAUUACAACAAAUUUCUAGUGAGGUGCAAUCUGCUAAUCUAUAUUUACAAUUACAAGACGAUUUACUUGGACUAGAAAAUCCGCAAGGUGACAUACACAACAGUACUAUCAAUAAUAGCACUGACCCUACAAAUGAGACUGACAAUAACGCAAGUAGAGUACCUGACCCCAAAGAUACAAACAGUGCGACUCAACCCGUCGAGGUAGUAAUUAGACAAUUAAGAGCCGAAGCAGAAACCUGGAAAACAGCUUGUCAGCAAUUGACGUCACCCUUUGCCAGUACCUUAGCUCGAACGAUGACUAACACGAUAAAUAAUAAUAAUCACAUCAACGACACAUGCAUUUCAGCCGCGGGAAUUAUUCCCGAGUUCAAAUUUUUCAGCGGAAAAUCACUCCGUGCCGCCCGCACCUGA